GAGUGUGUUUACGCGUUUGAUUAGUGCUUGUCUGGUGCGGAGAAUUUUUUGGGCGUGUUUCGGAAAAUUGCAAAGGAAAAAAUCUAAAAAGUUGUACAGAUUUAUCCAUCUGUUGGACUUACAUUGUUUUCACAUUAUUAUGGACGAUGAGCCUACUAGUCGAGGAUAUGCCAAAACACGUUUCGGUGCAAGUUCAUGGUGAUUUUUCUCUACUUCUGCCUAGUGGUUUAUACGAAAUCAAGAAAAUGGAGCCACGAUUCAAAAUACGUACAAUUAUCAUAUUCUGUCUAUUCUUGGCAAUGGCCGGAAUCAUUGGGUUCGGUUAUUUCUGCCAAGAUCAGGUUUGCGCUUUAACGAAACGUAGCAUGAUUUUGCAACCAGAUAUAUUGGCAUACAAUGGCCGAGCUCAGCCUUCAGACAGCAAUACAGUAUGGACGGAUGAGCAUCAGCCAGCACCACCAUUACCACCAUUACCACCAUCACCGCAACAUAUGAUAAAUGAACAGCAAGAAAAGCAGAUGAUGAUAUCAUCGAUCACCUCAGCGUCAACGUUAAAUGUGAAAAGCGUACAACAGAAUGUUAUCUUUGCGAACGCUGGUCUCAGUUACGAAGAUGUACUGAAUGAUGAUUUUCAAUUCGAUAUGGAUGGCCAUGACGUGAUGGUAUUCUUGCAUAUACAAAAAACUGGCGGCACAUCAUUCGGAAGGCAUUUAGUGCGGGAUCUAGAUUUGAAAAGACCCUGCGAGUGUCAGCGGCAACGUAAACGUUGCUACUGUUUCCGUCCACAUCGCAACGAGAAUUGGCUAUUCUCACGCUACUCCACUGGUUGGAAAUGCGGUUUACAUGCCGACUGGACUGAAUUGACAAAUUGCGUAGAUUUGGAACUCGAAAAAAAUGAGGGAGAAUCCGCUAAACGUAGAUAUUUUUAUAUAACAUUACUCAGAGAGCCCAUAGCACGCUAUAUGUCGGAAUAUCGUCAUGUGAAACGAGGAGCUACAUGGAAAGGUUCACGUCAUUGGUGUUUGGGUAGGCAAGCUACGGCAGAUGAAUUGCCAGCCUGCUAUAAAGGUAAAGAUUGGUUAGAUGUGACCUUGGAUGAAUUCGCUGCUUGUGAAUCAAAUUUAGCGGUUAAUCGGCAAACAAGAAUGUUGGCCGAUCUCGCAUUGGUGGGAUGCUAUAAUAAAUCGUCGAUGACGAGCCACGAACGAGAUCGUGUCAUGUUGGCCAGUGCUAAAAGAAAUUUAGCGGCAAUGGCCUAUUUCGGCUUGACGGAAUAUCAAAAGAUAUCCCAAUAUAUAUUCGAAGAGACUUUUAAUUUACGUUUUGCUAUACCCUUUGAGCAGCACAACACCACUGUAUCCGCCUUGGCCAUACAUAAUCUGAGCAACGAACAAAAGCGACGCAUAAAAGAAUUAAAUAGUUUAGAUAUUCAAUUAUAUACGUUUGCCAAAAAUUUAUUAUUUCAAAGAUUUGAAACAUUGAAAGCUAAAGAUAACGAUUUCGAGAAACGUUUCGCCAACUUAGGCAAUAUUUAUUAUAAGCAGGGUGUCACGGAAUUCAAUUGGGAUAGCAACAUUGACGAUACCGCCAGCACGGAUCAUUGAUUAUAAUAUUCUUAUAGAUUCAAUCAAACUUCAUUAACAAUAAUAAUAACAACAACAAGAACAACAAUAAAAACAACAACAGCAACAGUAAUCACAAAAACAAAGAGACUUUAACAUAACCAUUACUAAUCAUUGUCGACAUCAUUAUCAUCGUCAUUAUCAUUAUUACUAACAUUAGCAUUAUGUUUAAUUACACUGUUACACCAAAAAUUAAUUUAAUUUAAGAUAAAAUUAAGCAAAAUUAGAUUUACUUUAUGAUUAAGUAAAAAAAAAAAA